GGGGUAUACAUCUAUUAUCGGGCACGAAAGCACGGCACUACUGAACGAGAGUGGCUACUGCCGCGAUGAAAUCAGUCUCGCUGGUUGGUGGAGAUUCGUUCCUGACGUUCAGGUAGGCCGUCCGCAGGCGCUCCGUAGACAAGUCGUCCAGGAGAGAGAGAUUGGACGUGUUGGGUGGGGCUGUCUUUGAGGCAGAGUUUGAGGCAGAGCGAGGUUCCGUGAUGAGUUUGCGGGUACACAGCUUCACGCCAAACCACGCUCUGAGCGUGAUCCCGGUCGGUAUCGAGUCGCUCGGGGCAAGAUCCCCGUCGUCGUCAUCGGUCAUGUCCACGACGUGCAGGAAGGUCUUGAGCGCGAGGGGCACGUCCUCGGCGAGGUACGCCGUCUCGGCGUACUGGAGGAAGUAGGACGGGUUUUGGGGCGAGAGGAGGAGCGCGUGCGAGAGCGACUGGAGCGCGUACGUGUAUUGCUGGCAGGAGGCGUAGAUGUCGGCGAGCUCGAGCCAGCCGUCGGGCUCGGUGUAGAAGGUGUCGAGCAUGGCGGAGAGCUCUUCGACCGCGCGCUCGACUUUGCCCGCCCGGCGGAGGACUGAGGCUUUGCGCCGCCAGAUCGCGGGGUUGGAGGAGUCGGCUUCGAGUAGCUGGUCGUAGUACUCGAUGACGAGCUCUGGGGACUCGGUGGCUUCCAUGCGGAUGCCCUCCAGGACGUCCACCCGCGAGGAGCCGGGAAACUUGUCGAGGAGAAGCUUGAGACACCUAUCAGCGACCUGGAUGUUUUCCUGGUCGAUGGCAGCCAACGCGAGCUUCUCUAUCGCGUCCCAGCCUUCCUCACCCUUGCCCGCGAAUCCGCCGCGCUCGAGGAGAGCCAAGCCGGUAUCGAAUGUCUCUUUGGACUUCUUGGACUUGCGUGGCUGAUAUGCAGCCAGCUUUUGCAGGGAGUAGGUGUAUUCCAUCGUCGACAAGACACGAGAAACAGAAGGGGUCUAGACGGUGAUCACUGGCAGAGACGGUCACGAAUGCCUGGUUCAGAAUGGACGGAGCAAGCGCUGGUUACGACAGUUCCCGACAAUUGCCUUGUAUGGCAUGCGAGUCGAUGGAAGAGAGACGGAAGGAGGUUUUCGCCUGAGUCGCCUCUUGCUCCUUGCAAUUGUCUUGCUCCUACCACGAUGGGGUACGUCUGCGCCCUCGCUGUCUCACUUGGAGCCGCUCACACCGCGAACGCAGCCCAGGCGGCGGACCGUCAGACUACGUACGCGUGAACGACCUCGCCCUCACCGUCUCCUUCUCCGACGGCUCGCGAUGGCCGUCCGCGACGCCCCAUCGGCAGCCCGUACUCGUUAGCUUCAGCUUUGCGCACGAUGUCCGCAACGCGGCUGCGACGGACGACCUCGCGCACUCGGUCAACUAUUCUACGCUCGCGAUGGGCAUGAAGGCGAUCGUCGAAUCCGAGGUCUUCCCGUCCCUCGAGGCGUUCGUCGAUCGCGUGUGCUUCGUAUACGCGCUGCAGUACUCGCAGGUUCCCAGCUUCACUGUGCGGAUCGCGAGGACGAAGGCGCUUCUGUACGGCUCGGCGUUUGGAGUCGAAGUCACGAAGGUGGGCAGCCGGGCGGACCUCGCAAAAGAGACGUUCUUCUUUCAGGACAUACUCGCGUACGCGUUGAUUGGCAUCCACCCGCACGAACGACAGCGCAAGCAACGCGUGCGUGUCAACGCCAUGGUGACGAGAAGGAUGACGCGACAGCAGCCGUUGGACUUCCGCGUCCUAGAGCAGCGCAUAUUCGAUUUUGUAGAGGACUCCAAGUGUCUCACUGUCGAAGCGCUCGCAUCAGAGGUCGCAAGCGUCGUCCUCUCCUUCCUCGACGACAAGAAUGCAGCCGUCACUGUGCGCAUCUCAAAGCCGAGCGCAAUCCUCGAUGCCGACUCGGCGGAAGUCGAGGUUACGCGCACACUCCAUGACUUUCGCUCGAAGCCCUCAGCGUCUGUGGCUUUGACUGCCGCGAGCAAGGUCUCCAAGGCAGUCCAGAGCGACAUCGUGGACGGGCCAUCGUACUCGCACCUGGCGCCAGGGUCGUCUCCCCUGCAACAUGCGCUGCCCCAUCGCGCCGCUAUUGCCAUCGGAGCUAACAUUGGCGAUAGGUUCGCAAACAUCGAAUGCGCUCUUCGAUUGCUUGAAUCGUCCGCUCUCGACACGCAGAGUUGGACAGGGGUGCAGAGAAUCGUCGUGGUAGACACGAGCUUCAUGUACGAGACCGCGCCGAUGUAUGUCAAAGACCAACCCAAGUUUAUCAACUGUGCGUGCAUGAUCGAAACCGACUUAAAGCCCCGCGAGCUAUUGUCGUACCUGAAACAGAUCGAGGAAGCCGUUGGCCGCACCGCGACCUUCCGGAACGGGCCUCGCGCCAUCGACCUCGACAUUGUGACAUACGAUGAUAUUGUCUUGGACACCAGACCUGAAUGGAGUCGAACGAACUUAGAUAACCUCCAAGGCGAGCUUGUCAUUCCGCAUCCGCGCGUGGUGGAGCGCGAAUUCGUCCUGCGGCCAUUAGCGGAUAUGAUACCAAAUUAUGUGAUUCCUGGUACCGAGAAGACCGUCGGAACGUUGUUGUCGGAGGUCGUCAUUCAACCCACACCGAGUGACGCGAUGCACAAAGUCGUCCCCUUCCCGCAUUACCCCCUCCCCCACGUCGAGAAGGACCCGACACGGCCUGAAGUCAGACUGCCUCCCGUACCCCCGACGGCAACGUAUUGGACGUACCCCAUCACGCCGCGCGCCUCGAGCAGCACGCAAUCCCCUCACAAAACAUACAUCAUGGCCACGCUUAACGCGACUCCAGACUCCUUCUCUGACGGCUCCGUCCACUAUGCCCUCCCCGACGCGCUCUCGUACGCGGCGGGCGCGGUCGCCGCCGGGGCGAAUAUCAUCGAUAUCGGCGGCUAUUCCACCCGGCCAGGGGCGGCGUACGUAUCCCCCGAAGACGAGUUCUCGCGCGUCGUGCCCGUCAUCCAGGCGAUCCGCGACGGCGGCGGCGUCCCCACACCGACGCUCUCUGGGCAGUCAUCUCUCAAGGCGAAGAUCGCGCAGACGCUCAUCUCCGUCGACACCUUCCGGUGGGAGGUCGCGGAGGAGGCCGUGCACGCGGGCGCGAACUGCAUCAACGACGUAUACGCGUUCGGGGGCAUGGAGUACCCCCCAAAUGAGGCGUCCGAAGUGCACUUCGCCAAGAUGCGUCAGGUCGCGCGCGACCUCGCUGUGCCGGUCGUGCUGAUGCACUCGCGCGGGCUGGCGGCGGAGAACAAGGACUACGCGGCGUACGAGUACGCCAGGGACGCGACGAGCGGGCGGGGCGCGGUCGUAGAGGGCGUGCGGGUCGAGCUGGGGGCGAAGGUCGAGCGGGCGGUCAGAGGCCCGGGAGGCAUACGCCGGUGGCUCGUCAUCGUCGACCCGGGCGUCGGUUUCAGCAAGACGCUCGAGGGCAACCUCGAGCUACUGCGCGAUGCGGCGAGCGUCGUCGCCGAGUACCCGCCACACCUGACGAACGCGAGCCUCAAGGGCGCGCCUGCGGAGCGCCCGGAGCGGAACCCGCUCGCGGGGUACCCGCUGCUGAUCGGGACGUCGAGGAAGUCGUUCUUGAGCGCGGUGCUGCAGCGGCCAGACGCGGCGGGCGCGGGAUACUACGAGGGGCGGGAGACGAGGCCGGACGAGCGGGACUUUGCGACCGCGGCGGCGGUCAGCUGUGCGGUGCAGCAGGGGGCGAACGUGGUGAGGGUGCAUGACGUGCUCGGGCUGGGGGACGUCGUGAGGGUUGCCUCGGCGUUGUGGUCGUGAUGCGUGGCUGCAUGUCACCCUAGCGAAAUUGGGUAUCGUUGAUGUGCUUUAUGUGUACGCGCACGGUCUAUGCCCCAUGAUUGUAGUCCAAACUCUCGAGAAAGCUAUCGGUAGCUGUCUGCGGGCGCUCACAAGGCUAUAGGACAAGUUGAGAAAGGCUCUGGUUGGGGCGGGGUCGCAGAAGCAGUAGAAGAGAGCUGGUAUUUCUUGUAUUGCUCGCGUUGUAGCGGUAGCACGGGAUCAUUAGAAUCUUGAAUAGGGUCC